AUGCCUCCACCGCCCACCUGGCCCGAAAAGAUAGGAUUCGAGUCCGUCUCGGGAGAAGAAGUUCCAGACUAUUAUCCUUACUUGGUCUUCGGAGUUCUCCUAAUGGUAGGGUCAUUGUACUACAACACUAUCCCAUUAACUGUAACCAUCGGAGCUGAUCAGAUUGGCUUAGGCCCCAAGACACUUGCUGUCGAGUCAGACCCUCUUUCGAAUCUAGAAAACAACCGUCAAUCAUCGCGGUCAUGUCAGUCUAUAUAUAUGCAAAGAACACAAGUAUCUUGUAACACAGUCGUUGGAGAAGUCGAAGCUGGUCAUGCUCACCCUGCAAUUAUUGAUUGUCAUAGCUCGAGCACGCCACUUGGAUCAUCCGAAUCUCCCCAAAGCCAAAGAGAAGAGAAUCACUGUAAAACAGAAGCUGAAAUUAAACUGCGGCCUUUGGGCGAAAAUGAUAGUGGAGAGCCCAAGAUUCUUGGUAGAAGGAGGAGUCGAUCUAUGCCAGCUGCAUUUACCCAGCUUGUAUCGCGCAAAUUGACGACUACGUUUGGAAGCCCAACCGUAAUUCGCCGUUCACGUCGCCGUCAACGACCGAGUGUUCAGAUCGCCAAACUCCAAUCGGAGUCGGUUCAUAACCUCAACAACCAAGGCGAUAGUGCCAAUGAUAGCUCCGACUCCUCUAGCCCGCCUACCAGUAGCGGCUCACCAUUGAGGGCUAAUUCAACACCUCCUACCUCCGAAGAGCCAUUUACAUCGCCCGAUGGAGUAGAGCACUAUGAUGAUGACACUGUCGCAGAUAGACAUGGUCUAGGACCUUCGAAACUGACCACAGGUAGAACACUCACUCCAAUUGAGGAGUUUCCUGGCAUGUCGCCAACGGUUCGUACCGUCGAAGCUGUCGCUAAUGCUAAAGUCUUUUUCGAAACAUAUUUCAGGUCAAUCUAUUGUGACACAAACCCACGUUCACAGCGGCAACAAGAGCUCGAGCAUUAUAUACAUUCGUUGCCUCUAACACUCGAGGAAAAGAAAAGAGUGUGGAGGAAUUGGAUUGUUCAGGAGCAGGAAUACCUGCGCCAAUGCCGAGUACUCAAAUCACGCUUCCAUGGUAUUGGUCACGACGAGACGGUGUCAGUCGCUGGAUUUGAAGUUCUCAAAGUACUGGGUAGAGGGAGUUUCGGGGUCGUUCGUCUGGUUAAGGAAAAGAGCGCAAGCGAGGGAUAUAGUGGCUCUACUGCAGCAAGGAAACCGUUAAGUACUGUACCCAAAAAAGCGGACAUAACCUGCGAGAGCGAGAACUGUCGUCGGAGAGCUAUGGUGGGAGAGAAAAAGGACGUGUUUGCCAUGAAAGUCAUUCGAAAGUCGGCGAUGAUACGCAAUAGCCAGGAGGGCCACCUGCGAGCUGAACGGGAUUUCCUUGUAGCUUCCACAACGUCUCGCUGGAUCGUUCCUCUGAUCGCAAGCUUCCAGGAUACAAAUAACCUGUACCUUAUCAUGGAUUAUAUGAUCGGCGGAGACUUCCUUGGCCUCUUGAUGCGACGAUGCAUUUUGCCUGAAGAUAUCGCUAGAUGGUAUGUUGCAGAGAUGAUAUUGUGUAUCGAAGAGGCACAUAAACUUUGCUGGAUCCACAGAGAUGUCAAACCAGAUAACUUUUUAAUUUCCGCCUCUGGACAUUUGAAGAUAUCGGACUUUGGCUUGGCUUUUGAUGGGCACUGGGCCCAUGACCAAGUUUACUACAAUGAUCACCGUUACUCUCUAAUGAGGAGGCUUGGGAUUCAGGUUGACGGCGACCUUGAAGACCAGAAAGAACAAAAUAGAAAGGUAGACCAGACAUUGCCAAACGAUAGUGAACAAGGAGUCACCUUUGCGCCUCCGCCCGAAAAUCUUCUCGAAUGGCGUGAUAAGCACCAAAUGCGAAGGUUAGCGAGGAGUGUAGUUGGCACCAGCCAAUACAUGGCCCCUGAAGUUAUUCGAGGGCAUUUGUACGAUGGAAGGUGUGACUGGUGGAGUGUAGGGAUAAUCCUUUAUGAAUGUCUGUAUGGCUUUACACCGUUUGCUUCAAAAGAUCGAGACAGGACGAAGUGGAAGAUCCAUCAUCACCUCCAGACAUUACAUUUCCCCGUACACAGGCACACAGACAGACUCGUGUCAACGCAGGCAGGGGAUCUCAUCAACCGCUUGCUUCAGGAGAAAGAAUACCGGCUCUCGUGUAACACUUACAGGCAAAAUGAUCUUUUCAUCCCACGAUCAGCGGCGAGACAUCUCUUAUCUAGUAUAGACCCUCAAGGCCGGAAUUAUCGGGGCCGGAGCUUUUAUGUGUACCCUAACGAUGCAGCUGACAUCAAAGCUCAUCCAUUCUUUCGUGGUAUCAAAUGGGAAAAGCUUCAUCAAUCUUGUCCGCCAUUUAUCCCCAAGGUCAAGGGCUGGGAAGACACCAGAUAUUUCGAAGAUGCGGAUGGAGCCGCUGGGAAUGACGAAUUGUCAACUACUACCGAUGCUCAAAAUUCUGCCGAUGAGUCCGAAGGGGCGGAGGGUGGACCGAAACCCAUGCAAAAUCCGCCAGAGCCUCCGCAGGACCAGUGCUCGUGUAAGGGACCUAGUCCUGAUGAAAACACCUGGAGUGAUGCAAGAGAGCCUCCAACGAAGGGUUUGGAGAAACAAAAGCAGAGGAAGAGACCGCGAGACAAGAUGUUACGAGACAAAAGGAUCCAGAAGACUGUCCUCAAGAUGCGCAAGGAGGGAGCAUUCGUGGGCUAUACCUAUCGCCGACCCAAAGCUGUUGCGAUGGCUUUCGCACCUGAAAGAGGUCGGGUCUACUUAUCACGAGGAAACCUAUCUGAACUCUAUGGAUAG